AUGUCCUACCCAGAGAAGGUUCCCUAUGUCCGCCUCGGAAACUCCGGGCUGAAGGUCUCCAAGAUUAUCCUGGGAUGCAUGUCGUAUGGCUCUCCUGAGUGGCAGGGUUGGGUCCUCGGUGAAGAGGAGGGCAUCAAGCACAUCAAGGCGGCGUAUGACGCCGGAAUCAAUACCUUCGACACUGCCAACGUCUACAGCAACGGCCUCUCCGAAACCAUUCUCGGAAAGGCCAUCAAGCAGCACAAUCUUCCCCGGGAUGAGAUUGUGGUGAUGACCAAGGUGCUCUACGAAGUCAAGCGCGAGGUCAGCGGGCCCUUCACCGUUGAUGUCGACCCAGACGUGCAGGGUUAUGUCAAUCAACACGGAUUGAGCCGCAAGCAUAUCUUCGACUCCGUCAAGCACAGCUUGGAGCGCCUCCAACUCGACUACAUUGACGUUCUGCAGUGCCAUCGCUUUGACAAUGACACGCCCAUUGAGGAGACGAUGGAGGCUCUGCACGACGUCGUCAAGGCCGGAUGGGUCCGCUACAUCGGGAUGUCGUCCUGCUACGCAUACCAAUUCCAUGCCAUGCAAUCCUACGCUAUUCAGAACAAGCUCACGCCGUUCAUCUCGAUGCAGAACCACUACAGCCUCCUCUACCGCGAGGAGGAGCGCGAGAUGUUCCCCAGCCUUGCUCAAUACGGCGUCGGCUCGAUCCCCUGGUCCCCCCUCGCCCGCGGCCGCCUCACCCGCCCGCUCGCCGAGCAGACGAAGCGCGGCGAAGCUGACGGCUUCAUCAACAUGUACAGCAAGGCGAAGGAGAGCAUGGAGUCCAUCGUCGGCCGCGUCGAGGAGCUCGCGCAGAAGAAAGGCUGCAGCAUGGCGCAGCUGUCGCUUGCCUGGAUCAUGGCCCGCCCAGGCGUGACGGCGCCCAUCGUGGGCACGACGUCGCUGAAGAAUCUGGAAGAUUUGCUUGGCGCGGUUGAUAUAAAGCUGUCGGAGGAGGAGAUGAAGUAUCUCGAGGAGCCUUACACGCCGCAGGAAAUCAUCGGGCAUUGGUAA